CCAGUUCUAUAUUUAUUCCGGGAAAAGUUUGAUUUCAUAACACGAAUUGUUGCAUGUUUUAGUAAAAUUCUGGUUGUAUCAUGGGUGACGACUAUGCUCUUGCAUUGCAGCUUCAGUCGGAUUUUUUUGCAGAGCACCAAGAUUUCCCAAAUCCAUCGGAUAAAAAUGGAAAUUCUCAGGAACCCACGUCCCUUGUUGACCCAUACUGGGAAAUGACAGACCCUAAUCCUGACAUUAGAGCUCUCUUCCUACAGUUUAAUGAACGCUUUUUCUGGGGACAGCUUUCAGGAAUAGAAGUGAAAUGGAGUCCAAGAAUGACACUGUUUGUAACAAUUAUAUCUCUAGUAGUCAAAAUAAGUACACCUGUAGUUUUGAAUGGGUGUGCUGGUCUGUGCUGCUAUGAAGGCCGAGGUGGGCUGUGCUCUGUGCGUCUUAGUGUGCCACUUUUGAAACUCAGGCCUAGGAAGGACCUAGUGGAAACCCUCUUGCAUGAAAUGAUCCAUGCCUACCUGUUUGUUACAGACAACAACAAGGACCAUGAUGGACACGGACCUGAGUUCCACAAGCACAUGUACCGAAUUAACAAGGAGACUGGCACCAAUAUAUCAGUGUACCACAACUUUCAUGAUGAGGUUGACGCGUGUCGUCAACACUGGUGGCGCUGUGACGGCCCAUGUCGAGAGAGGAAGCCGUACUUCGGCUACGUGAAGAGGUCCAUGAACAGGGCGCCAUCUAAAAAUGACACAUGGUGGGGGCAGCAUCAGUCCACAUGUGGUGGGACAUACACAAAGGUGAAGGAGCCAGAGGGGUAUGGGAAAAAGAAGGGAAAGAAAGACAAAGAUGGUGGAAAAAAGGAAAAAGAAAAAUCUGAGAAAGAAAAAUCGAAGGAUAAAAACAUGGACAUUAGAAUAUUUGGAGGGACAGGAAAAUCACUUGGUGGUUCAAACAGUUCAAUUGGAAAACCAACCAGUACAAUUUCAAAACUGUCCGACUUUGAAAACCUUGACAAUAGUUCAACAUCUUUCAGCGUUCAUUCCUCAGGUGGUUCACAGAUGUCAGUGAAAGAUUCUAGACACAGUUCUUCAGACAGCUCUUCACAGUUUCUGCCAGGCAGUAAAACUCCUGGUAAAAGUAAUGCUCCAAAGAACAAGCCAGUGAGCCAGGGAGGCACUGCAUCUUUUAGUGGGGCUGGGGUCAAGAAAAAGGUCAUUGACUUUGAUUGGUCUGAUUCUGAGGAUGAUGAAUUCUUGUUAACUUUGUCUAAGUCAAUGGAAGAGAAAUAUAAUAAAUCAUCUGAAAGUAGAAAAGACUUGUCAGUGUUCAGUGACGAUAGUGAUAUAGAAGCCAUAUGCACCGGGAAUGACUCGAUAAGUAGCCAAGGAGCAAAUCUUGCCUCCAACAAUGGUAAAUUUUCAACAGGUUCAGGUGAAAACAUGGACAGUGCUGAAGUACAUAUACCUGGCUCCAAGAAAGAUGAAAUAAGUGUUGAAAAUGAUCACAAUGACGUAAGAGCUAUGCUGCGGAAGGUGUGGGGUGCGAAACAGUUCAAGAGUCACAAAACACCAUUGUCCAGUGGUUCGGCACUGCUUAAAAUCAACACUGCCAAGCCUGUGAAGAGAUUGUCAGACCAUGAGGGUGAUUCUGUGAUGAUAAAGAAACCAAAAUUGAAUGAAAGUCAUGGAGUGUUUGGUGGAGAGCGGACUUCGACAUCUAGAUCUAGUGGUGUCUGUAAUAGUAAAAACAAUAAUAUUCAAAAUAGCAGUCAAGCAAAAGCAGUUGUUACUUCUCCCAUUUCAAAAAUGUUCAACCUGGUAAGAGAAACCAAGUCUGACUCCAACAAUGGAAGAAACCAGUCAGUUGAGAGAUGUAACCAGUCUGACUUGACUCCGAGUGCAGCAAGUUCUGGUGCUAGUAAUGUGGCAAAUACGGACAAUGUAGAAAUGUCCUCUUGUCCUGUGUGUUGUAAAAUGGUGAAAACAACCUCCAUUAAUGAACAUUUAGAUUUAUGUUUGACAGAACAGGCAAUGUCUAAUUGACCAAUGUACUCUUGAUGUAUCCUCAAUGCUAUAUGUAUUUGACUGUAAAAAAACAUGCUAUAAUUUAGCAAUAAAUGUGCACAUAUGAAUAUGGUCACACACUAUUUUGA